AUGUCGAACAACAACUGGCAGGAGGAAGCCAUGCGCCGCCUUCGACAGAUGCAGCAGGCUCGUGGUGGUGUUGGAGGAGGUGGCCCUCAGAUGCCUCGAGCAGCCGGUGGUGCCCUCUUCGGCGGUCUACUACUCGCUGGUGGUGCUCUGUUCCUGUCAAACUCCCUAUUCAACGUCGAUGGUGGUCACAGAGCCAUCAAGUACCAGAGGCUAAGUGGUGUGAGCAAGGAGAUCUACAAUGAAGGAACGCACAUCAACAUCCCUUGGUUUGAGACACCAAUUGUGUACGAUGUCCGAGCAAAGCCACGCAAUGUUGCGUCUCUGACCGGAACCAAGGAUCUGCAGAUGGUCAACAUCACCUGCCGUGUGCUCUCUCGCCCACAGAUUGAUGCUCUGCCUCAGAUCUACCGUACACUAGGCACCGACUACGACGAACGUGUGCUGCCGUCUAUUGUCAAUGAAGUUCUCAAGAGUGUCGUUGCUCAGUUCAACGCUAGCCAGCUCAUCACACAGCGAGAGAAUGUUGCCAGGCUGGUUCGAGAGAACCUUGCUCGACGAGCCGCUCGAUUCAACAUUCUCCUCGACGACGUAUCUCUAACUCACCUUGCCUUCUCUCCCGAAUUCACAGCUGCUGUUGAGGCUAAGCAGGUUGCCCAGCAAGAGGCGCAACGAGCUGCUUUCAUCGUCGACAAGGCUCGACAGGAGAAGCAGGCCAUGGUUGUCAAGGCACAGGGUGAGGCUCGCUCUGCUGAACUGAUUGGUGAGGCUAUCAAGAAGAACAAGGCCUAUGUUGAGCUCAAGAAGAUUGAGAACGCUCGACAGAUUGCUGCUCAGCUCCAAGAGGCUGGCUCUAAGAACAGACUCAUGCUUGACUCUGAGGGUCUGGGUCUCAAUGUCUUUGACAGUAAUGACAAGAACUGA